CAGGUGCCGCAUAGAGCUGCUGUCUGUGGCUGGAUCAUACGCUACUGCAGCAUGGCGAAACCCCGUGGGUUCGAGUUUUGGAGGAGCACUCUGAAGGGUGCGCGCUAUGUGGUGGCGCCCAUGGUGGAGCAGAGCGAGCUGGCCUGGAGGCUCCUGAGCCGCAGACACGGCGCAGAGCUCUGCUACACUCCCAUGCUGCACGCACAGGUGUUCGUCAGGGAUGCCAACUACCGCCGAGAGAACCUGUACAACGAGGUAAACCAGGAGGACCGACCCCUCAUCACACAGUUCUGUGCCAAUGAUCCUGAGGUGUUUAUCCAGGCUGCUCUACUUACCCAGGAUUACUGUGAUGCCAUCGAUCUGAAUUUGGGUUGCCCUCAGAUGAUUGCGAAAAGAGGCCAUUAUGGUGUGUUUCUUCAAGACGAGUGGGACCUUCUUGAGAAAAUGAUUAAGCUGGCCGAUGAAAAACUCUCUGUGCCCAUUACUUGCAAAAUCCGUGUCUUCCCAGAGAUUGAGAAAACCGUGAAGUAUGCCAAAAUGCUGGAAAAGGCUGGAUGCCAGCUCCUCACAGUUCAUGGGAGAACUAAAGAUCAAAAGGGGGCUUCGACGGGCAUUGCAAGUUGGAAGCACAUCAAAGCUGUACGGGAGGCUGUAAACAUUCCCGUUUUUGCCAAUGGAAACAUCCAGCACCUGAGUGAUGUUCAGCGAUGCAUGGAGGAGACUGGAGUACAAGGCGUCAUGAGUGCAGAAGGGAAUCUCCACAAUCCUGCCCUGUUUGAAGGCCGUAGUCCACCUGUGUGGGAGAUGGCUGAGGAGUACCUGGGGGUUGUGGAGAAACACCCACCCUGCAGUCUGUCUUACGUCCGUGCUCACAUCUUCAGACUGUGGCACCACACCUUACAGAUACAUCAAGACCUGAGGGAGGAGCUGGCCAAAGCGAAAAACGUAGCUGGGAUUGCCGAGGUCAACAGACAGCUGAAACAACGUUGCCAGGAGGAGAUGGCUAAAGAUGAAUCAGAAUGGACUCGGACUGGACUUCCCUUCCCUCACUGGAUCUGUCAACCCUACGUCAGACCACCGCCUAAGGAUCCAAACACUGAAAAUGGGCAGAGAGCAUCAGAAACCAAAGCUGUGAGUGUAAAGAGGGCGCUGGAGGACAGCGAUGCACCCAACGACUCGCUCUCCAAGAACAAGCAGGAGAAGAAAGCCCGCAACCCCCACAAGAACUUCUGUCCAGAGCUGAAGCCUAAAUACAUCAAGUGUGAGCAAUGUGGAAACCCUAAAGGGAAUAAAUGUGUGUUCAACUUGUGCCGUGGCUGCUGCAAGAGGAAGGCUUUCAAGGAAGUGGCUGAUUGUCCUGGCCAUGGAUUGAGAUUCAAAACCAAGGCUUUAAAACAGUCGAACUCUGAUACAGGUGGUGGGCUGACGAAUGGGAAUCCUAACAGUCAGACAGUUUCCACUGCAGCCCAUGAUCCUUUGUAAAGCAGUCUGUGUACUGGAUAUGGACAACAGUGACGUCUGAAAACACAUUGAACUGGUUUACCACUUAACAUCGCUGCACUGAAUUAGAAGUACAAGACUGCAUUUGAGGCCAAACCUGGUUUUUCACUGUUGAUGUGUGAUUUGGAUCCAUAUGACACCAAAUGAACUAAACAUGCAAAGAACCAGACAUGGAAAGAUCAGUGCUACUGUUGCUUACACUAGAUCAUUUGUAGAGUCAUUCUUUUCUGUAAUGAAGUACCACUUUCUGGACUGCUGUCGGAUGAAUAGUUCCAUAGUCUUAAUAUUUUAAGAUGGUUUAAUAGAGUAGUAUAUUUUGAUCAUUACUGGGAGCGUGGUAUAUGAAGCAGCUGCUCUGAAUGCACAAUCCUGUACUGCUCCCCGCUCACCUAAGAUAGAGGUGGACUUUUAUUUUGGGACGUUCUGUGGAAAUACACCAAUACACUGAUGGACAUCUUCACUCAAACAUUAUUUGAACUGUAUUUUUACUAUAUUUAUUGUCUACCAAAAUGAAAGAUUGGGCAUAGUUAUAUGUUGCAACCAGAGUCAAACAUCUUUGACUUUUAAUGCAUUUUUACGUUUUUUUUUGGAACAUGUAUAUAAAUUCAUUUUUAAUCCGAGACCUCUACUUACUUUCCUGUGCGGUUAUGAUCAUGUGACUGUUUCACACACACAUACUGACAUUUAUUUUAGAGAUGAGGACAGUAACACUACAAAGAUUCCUGACCCAGUAAAUUAUUUGUUUUUUUUAAGAUGUUGUCAGAUUCAGAUGCCUUACCCUACAAUUGCUAUUAUUGUACUGCAUUUAUCUUCAUUCUUUUAGUGUUUCAAAAAAGUAUGCCGUUUUCAUACAACUUUGGUUCAACAUAAUGAUAUUUUCUUUUCAUUAUAGGCCAAUGUUAUUUUUUCACACAGUACUUUAAAGCACCAGGACUCAACUCAGUGCCUUAUUCUUAAGAUGUAAAUGUGUGUACAGAUCUGUGGCUAUUCUGUGUGAAUGUUUUUUUUCUCAUCAGUUCCUUGGGCUUAGUAUUGUUCAAACAUUUUGGAAAUUUUGCUCAAAUACAUUUUUAAGUGUUAAAAGUUGCCUUUCUCCUUUUCUAAAAAUAUGACCAAAAACUG